AUGACUGCAGAAAUUUUGGACGUUAUUAUUGUUGGUGCCGGACUGUCUGGACUGACUGCAGCUCAUUUGCUCAGAAAAAGGAAUGCCAAUCUGAGAAUACUGAUACUGGAGGGAAAAGACCGGGUGGGAGGUCGCACGCUGUCCACCGAAAUACCAGCAGCCAAUGGCGUCGAUCGCUGGGACCUUGGAGGGCAGUGGGUUGGCAGCACCCAAACACACAUCUUGGAGCUCAUAAAGGAGCUGCGCCUCGAGACUUACUCACAAUACAGCAUUGGCAAGAAGGUGCACCACAUAGGCGGGCCAGGUGCUAAAGUUCGCGCCUACAGAACCACUAUCCCUGCUCUAUCCACAGUUGUGCUAAUGGACCUCACUCAGCUCCUGUGGAAGAUUGACAGAUUGUGUGCCACAGUAUGUGUCCAGGAUCCUUCAAGGACACCCAACGCUGCUGAACUGGACAGUAUGACCCUGCACUCGUACAUUGAGAAGCAUGCUUGGACUGCAGAACUCAAAGAGGAGAUGGGACUGUGCAGCAGGUCUGUCUUCGGCAUGGAGCCAUCCCAGAUGUCCUUCCUAUUCUUCCUCAUGUAUGCUGCAGCAGCUGGAGGGCUACUGCCGCUGCUGGAGAACACUCCAGGUUCCGCUCAGGAACUCAAGAUAAAGGGAGGCACCCAACAGCUUUCAGAGUGCUUGGCAGAGCGUGUUGGGUGGAGGAAUGUCCAGCUGGGUUCUGCCGUGACGGCCAUAUGGCAGGAUGCUGAGUGGGCCAGGGUGACGACUGCCACCAACACCUUCUUGUGCAGAGCUGUGAUUGUCACCUGCCCCCCUCAUUUGGCAGCAAAGAUCCGCUACCAGCCAGCCCUGCCCAGCCAGAGAGAAUUCCUUACCCAGAACAUGCCUGUGGGCCACAUGAUAAAAUUCAUCAUCACCUACCAGACGGCUUUUUGGAAGGAGAAGGGCUUCUCUGGGGAAAUAGUGGCAGGGUCCUCCGAUGACUGUCCAUUCUGUGUUACCUUUGAUGCCACUAGCCCCAGUGGAAAUGCUGCUUUGGUAGGCUUCAUGGCCGGCCAGCUGGCUUCUCAGUGGAGCUCCAAGGAGAGUGGCGAGAGAAGAGAAGCUGUUCUCUCCAGUCUGGUCAAAUACCUAGGUCCUGAGGCUGCAUCUUUCAUCCACUAUGAAGAGAAAGAUUGGGCACAGGAAGACUACAGCGGGGGCUGCCCUGUUAAUGUCAUGGUACCAGGUCUGCUGACAUAUUACCACCCUAGCCUGAGGAAGCCCUGUGGCAGGAUCCACUGGGCAGGCACAGAGACAGCCACCCAGUGGUGUGGGUACAUGAGUGGUGCAGUACAAGCUGGUCAGCGAGCGGCUCUGGAAGUGCUGGCUGAACUCACCCCCAUGGUACUGACCCAGGAGGAGCAGGAGGCAGUGCAGCUCAGUGAAACUGAUCAGCAUCCUGCCAAACAAACACAAUCAUCCAAACUCACGUACCUCUCUACAAGCAAGGCUCUGGUCGUAGCAGCGCUGACAGUCAGUGCCGCUCUCUUGCUUGCGCAGCAUCAGAAUGCAUUGGUAAAGGUCAAAACUUACCUGACGAAUGCAUUUUCAACAACCAGGCACAAGAUGUUCCUCUUGUAA